UUCCGAGCUUAUCCGCCUGCAAAGGCAUCGAUCCAAACCAUGGAGAAGACAGUCCGCUGAAGAUAAUUUCUCAGUGGUUCAAUGGCGGCUUUGCUUCCGACUAAUAUUACAGAAAUGCCACUGAGAAGUCCCUUUCUGCUAACCUCGACCUCUCGCUACUCUUCUUCUCCGUCGCUCCACGCGUUGAUCUUCCAUUCGCUAUCUCCCAAACCUUACCGUCACAUUGUUCAGCCAUUCUCUUCGCUCCGUACGAGCGAGCGCAACAACAGGAGCCAUAACAACCGCCGAUCGGAUCACCGGAACCCUAAACCCACCCCUCCUUGGAUAGACAAGUGGCCUCCCUCAUCUUCCGACGAGAAAGCGAACGAGCGAGGUAAACUCCAGUCGUCGGAGGAGGAAUCCGAAGCGAAACGCCGCUACUUGGAGAAGGAUAAAGGACAGAGCUCGAUUGAGAGGAUCGUUCUCCGUCUACGGAACUUAGGAUUAGCAGCUUCUGACGACGACGAGGACGACGAUGAUAACGGCGAGGAGGAUGUGAAGAAGCCGGUGACUGGAGAAGAGAGGUUAGGCGAUUUGCUGAAGAGAGAGUGGGUGAGACCUGAUGUGAUACUCGCUGAGGAAGAAGAGGAAGAAGAGAGUGACGACGACGAUGUGUUGUUGCCAUGGGAGAAGAACGAGGAAGAGCAGCUGGCGGAGAGGAAUGAAGGAGAUGGAGGAGUGGCGGCGGUGAAGAAACGGAGAGCUAGAGCUCCGUCGUUGGCGGAGCUUACGGUUGAGGAUUCUGAGCUACGGAGGCUGAGGAGAGACGGGAUGUAUCUGAGGGUGAGGAUUAAUAUACCUAAAGCUGGGCUCACGCAGGCGGUGAUGGAGAAGAUUCAUGAUACUUGGAGGAAAGAGGAGCUUGUGAGGCUUAAGUUCCAUGAGGUGCUUGCUCGUGACAUGAAGACGGCUCAUGAGAUUGUUGAGCGUCGAACUGGUGGAAUGGUGAUAUGGAGAGCAGGAAGUGUAAUGGUGGUUUACCGUGGACGUGACUAUCAAGGACCUUCUGCAGUCUCUAACCAAAUGGCCAGACCUGAAGAAACUCUUUUUGUUCCAGAUGUAUCUUCUGCUGGCGAUGAAGCAACGAAUGCCAAAGAUAAUAAUCAAAACGCACACCCGGAAAUCAAAGAUCCGAUUGUCAAGAACCCUAUUCGCAAGGAGAGUAUGACAGAAGAAGAAGCUGAGUUUAACCAACUGUUAGACAGCUUAGGCCCACGUUUUCAAGAGUAUUGGGGUACUGGUGUGCUGCCUGUGGACGCCGACUUACUACCUCCUACGAUUUCUGGUUAUAAGACACCGUUCAGGCUUCUUCCUACUGGGAUGAGAUCAAAUUUGACUAAUGCUGAGAUGACAAAUCUGAGGAAGAUUGGUAAAACUCUCCCCUGCCAUUUUGCUCUUGGUAGGAACAGAAAUCACCAAGGAUUGGCAGCUGCUAUACUCAAGCUCUGGGAGAAAAGUCUGAUUGCAAAGAUCGCCGUGAAGCGAGGUAUCCAAAAUACAAACAACAAACUGAUGGCGGAAGAGAUAAAGACAUUGACAGGGGGUGUAUUGCUGCUCAGAAACAAGUAUUACAUCGUAAUAUACCGUGGGAAGGACUUCCUUCCUUCAAGUGUCGCAGCUACUUUGGCGGAGAGACAAGAGUUAACAAAAGAGAUUCAAGACGUGGAAGAGAAGGUAAGAAAUCGAGACAUUGAGGCUACUCAACCUGUUGGAGAUAAAGUACCAGCGGAAGCUGGCACUCUAGCUGAGUUUUAUGAGGCUCAAGCCCGAUGGGGGAAAGAGAUAACUCCAGACCAUCGGGAAAAGAUGAUUGAAGAAGCUUCAAGGGUCGCGAGUGCCAGAGUUGUUAAACGAAUCCAGCACAAACUCAACCUUGCACAAUCGAAAUUUCAAAGAGCAGAGAAACUGCUGUCCAAAGUAGAAGCCUCCAUGAUUCCAAGCGGACCUGAUUAUGAUCAAGAAGUCAUCUCUGAGGAAGAAAGAAUCAUGUUCCGGAAAGUGGGAUUGAAAAUGAAGUCUUACUUACCCUUAGGUAUCCGUGGUGUAUUCGAUGGGGUCAUCGAGAAUAUGCAUCUACAUUGGAAGCACAGAGAACUGGUGAAGCUUAUAUCGAAACAGAAGAGUCUUGCGUUUGUUGAAGACACGGCUCGGUUACUAGAAUACGAGAGCGGUGGGGUUCUUGUGGCAAUAGAAAAGGUUCCUAAAGGAUUUGCUCUUAUUUAUUACCGUGGGAAGAAUUACCAGAGACCCAUUAGCUUGAGACCAAGAAACCUUCUCACAAAAGCAAAAGCAUUGAAACGUUCCAUCGCAAUGCAACGCCAUGAGGCACUUAGUCAGCAUAUCUCUGAACUGGAGAAAACAAUAGAGCAGAUGCAAAACGAACUUACUGCAAAAAACCCGUCAUACAAUGAAUCAGAAUGGGAGAAUGAUGAUGAUGACGAUGACGAUGAAGAUGGCGAGGAGGAGGAGAAAGAUGAUGCAGAGGAUGAUGAGAGUGACUGGGAUGAAGCUGAUGGUGAAUCUACAAUUUCUAGUUUAGAAGAAGCUGAUUAUCCAUUACGCUAAGGAUGAGGCAUGCAUCGUUUUGUUUAAUCUCAGGAGGUUGCAGCUGAGAAUGAUGUCGGAAGUCUGUCCGAGUUUUGAAGAAAUGGUUAUGUGCAUUCAUUGCUGGGAAAAGAAGAAAGUAGAGAUUCUUCAUCAACUUGUGUUAAGUAACAAAGAGCUAUUUAUUUGUUUUUCUUUUUACAAAAAAAUUGUAUGUUUAUUUGUCAAUGUAUUUAACAAAUCUUUAUUGAUCUAUAUGUCUGGGCAACAA